GUUUUCUUCUUCCUGUUCCUCGUUAAACCCUAAACCCCACCUCUUCUUCUUCUUCCUCGCACAGUGUCUGAACUGAAUUUAACUGAAACCAAAGAUUUCUUUUCCUUUCACCAUUAACCAUGUUUUUUUCCAUCCUUCUAGAACGUCCUAAAACAAUUUCCAAGCUUCUCUCAAACCUGAUCCUUACCCGACCUAUGGGUGGUGGCCCUCGAACCUUUCCUGGCGGCUUAAACAAGUGGCAAUGGAAGCGUAUGCACGAGAAGCGAGCCAAAGAGAAAGAAAAAUCUCUUCUUGAACAAGAGAAAGAGCUUUACCACGCCCGAAUCCGCUCCCAAAUUCGGGCCAAGGUUACCGGAAAACCAGACCCAUUUAGAAAACCUCUUGCAGAGUCCGGACACGGGCCUAUGAGCCCUAACGAUCACGUAAAAGCACUAGCUGAUCGGUUCAUGAAAGAAGGAGCCGAGGACUUGUGGAAUGAGCGCGACGGUCCCGUCAAACCUACGCCGUCCACGCCGGCAUCAAAGGUACGGGAGCAUUACAUAGAAUCGACAGAAGCGACAAGACCCAUUACUGGGUCUCCGAUAGAUUUGAGGAAGAUGGUAUCAGAGCGGCGUAAUAUAGCCGGAGACCGCGAAAAUUUGCAUUUCAGCAAUACGAAUGACAAUAACGUUAGGGUCAGAAAUUAUUCAGUGCAGCGGGGUCGAUGGAACGAGGGCUCUUCGACUGGAAGUAACUCUUGUUUAGAUUCGAAGGGUGAUUCUUUGAAACCUUUCGUUAGAAGUUUGGUGGGUAACCGCGAUGACUCUAAAGUUGAGAGAAGUGCCAAUGAGCUUUCUGCAAAUAAGAAAGUUUCCGUGAAGAAGAAAAGGAGAAGUGGUGGUUCUUCGAGCGACGAUGAGUCAGAAUUUGAUUCAGAAGAUGACACAGCAAGGUCUUCUGGGACUGGAAGGAAUAUGAGGACAAUGGGGAGUAGUGCUUCUUUAGGGAAAUAUGAUGUGAAAAUUACAAAACGAAGAGUACCAUUGAAUACAUGCGAAGGGGCUGUCGAUUUUUCACAGCAGGUUGAGCUAAUUAGGCAUGAAAUCAGUCAAAGAAAAUUGGCUGAGGAAGAGGGUAAGCUUGAGGAAGAGUCGAUUCUUAGUCAGAAAAGGUUUGAUGAGUUUGAUAUAUCCCCAUUGACUGUCAAGGCGCUAUCUUCUUCUGGUUAUGUUCAAAUGACUAGAGUGCAGGAGGCUACCCUUUCUUUUGUUCUAGAGGGGAAAGAUGCUUUGGUCAAGGCUAAAACCGGUACUGGGAAAACGGCAGCCUUUUUGAUUCCUGCUAUUGAAACAGUUCUGAAGGCUUUGGGUAGUAAUUCUAUUCAACGGGUGCCUCCAAUUUUAGCUCUGAUUCUUUGCCCCACAAGAGAACUUGCAAGUCAGAUAGCUGCAGAAGCCAAUGUCUUGCUGAGGUACCAUAGCGGCAUAGGUGUCCAAACAUUAGUAGGAGGUACACGAUUUAAAGAUGACCAGAAACGCCUUGAAUCUAGUCCAAGCCAGAUAGUAGUUGCAACUCCUGGCCGGUUGCUGGAUCACGUUGAGAGCAAAUCUGGGUUGUCUGUGCGAUUGAUGGGAUUAAAGAUGCUAAUACUUGAUGAAGCUGGUCAUUUAUUAGAUCUGGGAUUUCGGAAGGACAUAGAGAAAAUUGUUGAUUGUUUGCCACGUCGGAGGCAGUCCUUGCUAUUUACUGCAACAAUACCUAAAGAGGUUCGCCGAAUAUCACAGCUUGUUUUGAAUCGGGAACAUUCUUUUAUUGAUACUGUUGGUCUAGGUUGUGUUGAAACUCUUUCUCAGGUCAAACAAUGCUAUCUUGUUUCACCACUUGAAUUGCAUUUUCAUAUAGUGCAUCAUCUUUUGAAGGAGCAUAUUUCAAAAUCACCUGAUUAUAAGGUCCUUGUUUUCUGUACGACUUCAAUGGUAACGUCACUAGUGUAUCUUCUUCUCCGUGAAAUGAAAUUGAAUGUGAGGGAGAUGCACACCAGAAAGCCUCAACUUGCUCGAACUCGUGUUUCUGAGGAGUUCAGGGAAUCAAAAAGACUGAUUCUUGUUACAUCUGAUGUUUCAGCUCGUGGGAUGAACUAUCCUGAUGUUACACUGGUCAUUCAGGUGGGUCUACCAAUGUCUCGGGACCAAUAUAUUCAUCGUCUUGGAAGAACAGGAAGGGAAGGGAAAGAGGGAGAAGGCAUCUUGUUGCUUGCACCAUGGGAGGAGUAUUUUCUUGAUGAAAUAAAAGAUCUACCUCUGGAAAAAUUUACAUUAUCACGAUUGGACCCAAAUGCAAAACUUAAGGAUUUGGUACUGAGGUUCAAUCUUAGAAAACCAUAUUGGAGUGGUCUUCUAUUCUCAUCUCUGGCACAAGGAGUAGGGGCGGAGGUAGAAGGUAUCAUGAAGGGGGCCAAAAGAUAAAAAAAAAAUAAAAAUAAAGGGGGGACCAAAUACAUAAUUAUUUGGAAAAAUAACAAUUUAAUAUAAAAUUACAAUACAAUUUUUUCCCCAAAAUUUUGGGAGGGGCCAUGGCUUGCUUUGGAGCCUAUGUAGCUUCGUCCUUGACACAGAGAUAGCUCAAUCUCUGAUCAACAAAACCCCAAUGUCUGACCUCCAUAUCAUGGGCGAUUACUGUUCACACAGACACUGCUGACGUGCAGCUACUAUUCACAUUUUUUUCCGUCAGCAACUGUCUUUUUUGAGUUUUGUAGAUCUGGGCUUGUGUUUAACAAGUCCAAUGAGCCCUCAAUCCCUUGUUUUUCCAUUUUGACCAUUGAAAAUCUACCAUGGUUACUUCUCCAAGAUGUUUUUAUCAAAGAGGCGUGAAUCCAUUGAUAUUGAUCAACUUGAUCGGUCCACCCUUUUGUAGAACCUUGUCAAUGAUUGAACUUAAAGAUAUAAACUGUGCCAGCCAAGCCUUUUUUUUUUGAGUCAAGUAGACUACCUUUUCUCUUAGGAGCUAGAAGCUUAGAAGAAAAACGGUAGGCUUUCCAUUUAUUUGUUUAUGCCCUUCGAUUGAGUCCUUUUAAAAGACGUAACGGAUCCCCCAAGGGGCGCUGCCGAUCUUGAGCGAACCGAUGCUCCAAGACCAAGAGGUUUCAUAGCUAGGGUCCCUUUUGUUACCCACCUUAGUUCCAAUGGUUACUUGGAACUCCUUUUUUCCGGGGGUGUAUAGCUCAUUUGGUAGAGCAUUGGGCUUUUAACCCAUUUUUGGAUCACUUUUUUUGGGGUUAAUCUAACCUUCUUUCCCAUGUAUUUUGCCUUAUAACCAGCUUUCCUAGAUAGUUUUUUAGAGCAAUAUUAUUCGAAGGCCCCACUUCUCUUCCCAAGCUCAUGGACUCUGUUCAUGGAGGUCAAUCACAUCGUACUUCGGGGGAGGAAAGGAGUUGUGCUUUCAGUGCUCUGAAAUUUCAAAAGCCUCUACUAAGGUUGUUUUCUUUCACUUUAAACAACCUAAUAUUCACCAUCCAGCUGCUGAAAACAAUUUUAAAGGGCAUGCUAUGAUUGCUACCCAACUUGAGGCAUUCCCUUUCACUAGUCCUUGUCCAGGUACUAGUUUAUAUCUGAUAAUGGUAUGGUACGAAGUAUUUUAAUUCAAUCUUAAGUGAUUAUCUUAUCUCUAAUGGCAUUGUCCAUCAGAGUUCCUGUAUUUGUACUCCCUAUCAAAAUGGGAUUGUUGAAAGAAAAAAACAUUUGUUAGAAGUUGCUGUGGCUCUCAUGUUUGAUACUUCUGUUAAAGUUUUUUAGGGAAAAGUUGUUUUGACAACUUUUUUAAUCAAUAGAAUGCCUCCUCGUGUCUUACAAUAUCAAACUCCACUUUGUUCUCUUAAGAUUUAUUCCUGUAUUCACAUACUCUCCAAUAUUCCAUUAAAAACGUUUGGUUGCAUAGCCUGUAAUAUGUUUUAGAAAAGGAGAAACCUGUAGACAAAAAGAAGUGUCAACGACUAGUUGGGAAAUUGAUCUAUUUAUCAGUUAGCUUGUUUAGUCAGUAUAUGCACAACCCUUUAGAAGAACACUUGGAGGCAGUUUACAGGAUAUUACUGAAUCUAAUGAAGACAGUAGGAAAAGGUUGUUGUUCAGGAAAAAAAUGAAGAAAGAAGGAUAGAAGCUUUUACGAUGCAGAUUGGACAGUUCAAUUUAGGACAGAAGAUCAACAUCUGGAUAUUGUACCAAAGUAUGAGGAAACCUUGUUAGUUGGAGAAGCAAGAAGCAACCUGUUUUUGCAAAGCAGUCCUGAAGCUGAGCUCAGAGCUCUUGCUCAAGGAGUAUGUGAAUUGAUCGAGAUCAAACGAGUUCUUGAAGAACUACAACUUCAAAGGACAAGUCCUUUGAAGCUAUACAGCGACAAUAAAUUAGCUAUUAAUAUAGCACAUAAUCCAGAUUAUCAUGAUAGAACCAAACAUGUGGAGGUGGACUGUCAUUUCACAAAACAAAAAAUUAAGAAAAAGAACUAUGUGUAGUUUGUGUGCCAAGCAAGCAACAAGCUGCUGAUUUGCUGACAAAAGGAUUAUCAAAAGAAAGCUUUGAUGAACAAGUAUGCAAGCUGGGUAUGUGGGACUUGUAUGCAUCUCCUUGAGGGAGGGAAUAGAAGUAAUUCGUAUUUAUUGGAUUAUUUAGUGGUUUAUAGUUGAGAUGUAAUUAAUAUCUAGAUUAUUUUUUUUAUACUUAGCCUAUUUAAGGGCUUUUCCAAUAGUGAAAAUAAUAUCAUUCAAGAGUGUAUUUUUCUACACUUAAUUCUAAA